GAGAGACCAAUUCCACUUGAAUCGAUUCAAAAACCUUGUACACAGAUAGAUACACCAUUACACAUUUGAACCCUCCUGCUUCUAUAUUGAAUUCACCCAUCUUCUGAGUUGCUCUCGGUUAACGGAGACAAUGGGGUUCCCAUCUAGGGUUCAACCACAACUACCACCGUUUUGUUCAAUUUCCUUUUGGAAUUUGAUCAUCUUUGUUGGCGUCUGUAUCAUCAUGUUUCAGAAAUCCAACGCUCAAACUUUACGAACUGAUCCUUCUGAAGUAAGAGCUUUGAAUUCGAUAUUUGACCAAUGGGAUGUUCGAAUCCCGAACAACGAAUGGAACAUAAGCGGAGAACCAUGCAGCGGAACAGCACUUGGACCAGAUUUCGACAAGGAUAACGGCGUCGCGCAAAUCGAAUGCAAUUGUACCUUCGACAGCAACACCACUUGCCAUAUUACCAAAUUGAAAGUCAGUAAACUUAGCAGGAAAGGGGUUAUUCCUGAUGAACUUGCUGCUCUAACUUAUCUUACUCAUCUGAAAAUUGAUCAGAAUAACUUCACUGGUACCUUGCCAACAUUCCUUGGAAAUUUUUCUGCAAUGGUGGUCUUGUCACUUUCCCACAAUCAAUUCUCUGGUACAAUACCCAAAGAGAUUGGAAAUCUUAAAGAACUAGAUUUGCUGGCAAUUAGUUCCAAUAAUUUUUCAGGCAGUCUUCCCCCUGAACUUGGAAACCUAGUCAAAAUGCAGGGCCUAUAUAUGGACAGUUGUGGUUGUGGUGGUGAGAUUCCCCCAACAUUUGCCAACCUCCGAGAAUUACGUCACAUGUGGGCAUCAGAUAGCCCUUUUUCUGGAAAGAUACCUGCUUUUAUAGGAAACUGGACAAAAUUAUUGAGACUGAGACUUCAAGGGAAUAAUUUUGAAGGUCCUAUACCAGCUAGUUUUUCAAAUUUGACAUCAUUGACCUCUUUGCGAAUAAGUGACUUGCAGAAUUUUAGUUCAUCUCUUCACUUUAUCACCAACUUGAGGAAUCUAACUAACUUAAUUAUAAGAAAUGCAUUAGUUUCUGGUCGUAUUCCAGCCGACAUUAAUCAACUGCAAAACCUAAUUACACUGGAUUUAAGUUUCAACAAUUUAAGUGGUCCACUUCCAGAAACAUUAAUGAAUUUGACUUCCCUCAUUUCCUUGUUUCUUGGAAAUAAUAGCUUGUCUGGUUCUCUUCUUCCUGAAAAAAGUGUGAAACUUCAGAAUAUAGAUUUGUCUUAUAAUGAACUUUCUGGAUCUUUUCCUCUGUGGGUGAUUCCUUCAUUUGGAUCGGUUAAGCCGCAAUUGAAUUUGGUGGCUAAUAACUUUAAGUUUGACAACACAAACAUAAGUAUCUUUCCAGGAUUAGUUUGUCUUCAACGAGACUUUCCUUGCAAUAGGAACACAACAACACCUUAUUUCAGCUUUGCAAUCAAUUGUGGAGGUUCAGAUAUGAAGUCCAUGAAUGGCAUACAAUUCGAUGCUGAAAAUGCUACAUCACUUGGUCCCGCUUCCCAUUUUAUACAAGAAGAAAAAUGGGCUGUGAGCAAUGGGGGAAUUGUAAUUGACAGAAUUAAUAAUGACCCUUCAUUCAUACAAACUACAUCAAUCCAAGUCAACAACACAAGAUACCCUGAGCUUUUCACAACUUCAAGAAAGUCUCCAGGGUCCCUUAGAUACUAUGGUUUAGGCCUUCAAAAUGGUCCUUAUACUAUAACCUUAUUCUUUGCUGAAACUGUCUUCAAUUUAACCACCAGUGUUUGGAAGGGUCAUCCCAGGCGCCUCUUUGAUAUUUACAUCCAGGGAAAUCGCCGACAAAAGGACUUUGAUAUAUCAAAAGAAGCAGGAGGCACUGGAAGAGCUCUAGAAAAGAAUUAUGAUGUUUCAGUGACACAAAAUCAUAUUGAAAUCCAUCUUUUUUGGGCUGGAAAAGGAACUUGCUGUAUACCUGAAGAGGGAGAUUAUGGUCCGAUAAUUUCUGCCAUCAGAGUUACUCCUGGUUUCAAAGUGAAGGGUAAAUCAAAUAAAACUGGAAUGAUAAUUGGUAUCAUAGCUGGCGUGGGAUCUUUAUGCCUUGUUUUCUUAGUUUUUGGUUUAUUAUACUUGAAAAAGAGAAGGUCAAAAGAUAGGGAAGAAGAAGAUAUUUUUGGAAUGGGGCCCAAAAUAAAUACUUACACCUAUGCGGAACUGAGAACUGCAACUGCAGAUUUCAGUCGUUCAAAUAAGCUUGGUGAGGGCGGUUUUGGACCUGUUUACAAGGGGAUAUUAAAUGAUGGAAAUAUAGUAGCUGUGAAGCAACUCUCAGUAGCAUCCCACCAUGGAAGGAGUCAGUUUAUAACUGAAGUUUCAACCAUUUCAUCUGUCCAACACUGUAAUCUUGUGAGGUUACAUGGUUCUUGUAUUGAAGGAGCUAGAAGACUUCUUGUUUAUGAGUACCUUGAGAAUAAAAGCCUUGAUCAAGCACUCUUUGGGAAAACCGAUGUCCGCCUUGAUUGGCCAACACGUUUUAAUAUAUGUUUAGGAACAGCUAAAGGAUUGGCUUAUCUUCAUGAAGAAUCAAGGCCAAGAAUUGUGCAUCGCGAUGUGAAAGCAAGUAAUAUCUUACUUGAUGCCGAUUUAUCCCCCAAAAUUUCUGAUUUUGGAUUAGCAAAACUAUACGAUGAUAAAAAAACCCACAUCAGUACCCGGGUCGCAGGAACUAUUGGCUAUCUUGCACCGGAGUAUGCAAUGCGUGGGCAUUUAACAUCAAAGGCUGAUGUUUUUGGGUUUGGAGUUGUUUGUCUUGAGAUUGUUAGUGGGAGGCCGAAUUAUAAGGAGAAACUGGAUCCCGAACAGAAAUAUCUUCUACAAUGGGCAUGGAUGCUAUACGAAAACAACCAAACUCUAGACCUCAUAGACCCAUCUUUGACAUCAUUUGAUGAGCAAGAAGCUAUUCGUAUGAUAGGAAUCGCCCUCAUGUGUGUUCAAGCAUCACCAUCAUUAAGACCUGCAAUGUCACGUGUAAUCUCAAUGCUUUCAGGGGAUAUUAUCAUCAGUCCAGUCACAACAAAACCAAGUUAUUUAACCGAUUGGGAUUUCAAUGACAUCACCGACACUUUUUAUGAUGAAGAACAAAUUUCGUCUGAAACUGCAACCAUAGCAACAAAUACAACUACAUCAAUGGGUCUUGAGUCGAAUCCAUCACCUAUAAUGUCGGAGAUAUUGAACAAUGGGAGUUGUAAGAGAUGAAACGCGACAUAAUCUUCAGAUAAUGGUAACUUGUACAUUCAUUCUAUAUUUUCGUCAAUGUACGUUAUUUUUAAAUUUUUUUUAUUAGUAAGGAUGCAUGUUUUUUUUAA